AUGACUUGGAAACCACACCGAACGUUGCAGGAAACCGAAGAUCUUCUCCGCGCUCCUGGCUGCGUUCACGAGGUCGAGACGACACUUGUCGAUGGAAGGCUAUACCGUGUAUACAAGAAUUUAUGGCCUUCACUGAGAGACUUCUGGUUAUCAGCCGUUUCUCAAUAUUCGACCGACAUUUACAUCGUUUAUGAAGAUCAGCGCCUAACAUAUGACCAGGUACAUAACCGUAUCAUUCAAGUGGCGGCUUCGUUCCAUCAACUGUAUGGCAUUAAGAAAGGCGACAGUGUAGGGAUCUGUUCCCGAAACUGUCCUGACUAUCUCGUCGCCUUCUGGGCUUGCCACCUUAUCGGUGCCGUUUCUGUCCUUGUAAACGCUUGGCUGCCCCCUCAACCCCUGCGCCAUUGCCUCGUGCAUACUGAAUGCAAACUUAUCAUUCUGGAUCCAGAGCGCGCCAGUUCGUUAGAGACCACCGUCUCAAAUAUUUCCGAGGCCGUAGGAGGUACCAAGUUUCUGGUGAUGGACACGACAGACAAAACGAGACGUUGGCAAGGGAUGGAAUUUUUUAACGACGUAGUUGACCUUUUCCCGAUAGCCUUCGUCAAGGGUGCAUACACGAAAGCACCAACUCAAGGAAUGGAUCCUGAAGAUGACGCAACCAUUGUCUUCACGUCAGGCACGACUGGUCUACCGAAGGGCGUUUUGAGUACCCAGCGCCAAUUUCUAACAAACGUGUUGAACGUUCUGGCUGGUGGCUGUAGAGCGGCACUUCGGCGGGGCGAAACAUUGUCUGUUACGCAGAAAGGUGGACUACAAAAAGCAAUUCUUAUUUCCGUCCCUUUGUUUCAUGUUACCGGAUCAACAAGCUUUUCGAUGAUAGCCACCAUGACUGGUAUGAAAAUUGUUUUAAUGCGAAAGUGGGAGGUAGAAGAAGCUGCAAAGUUGAUAAAACGAGAAAAUGUCGCGGUGGCCGGAGGUGUCCCUGCGAUGGUUUCCGACCUGAGCGACAGUUCCUUAGUCGGACAUCCUCUUGAAGGUCUCCUUUUCGGCGGUGCACCAGCCCCUAAUUCUCUGGUGCCUAGGGCACGCAAAGCGUUCCCAACUGCCACCAUGAUCCAGGGAUAUGGACUGACAGAAACCAAUUCAAUAGCCGUGUCGUUUGCAGGUGAAGAUUACAUCGCGCGGCCAAGUAGUACUGGCCUAGCCUCUCCAGUCAACGACAUAGUGAUUAUGUGGAACGGAGUCGCUCUUCCUCGUCACUCUGUGGGUGAAGUGUGGCUGCGAGGACCUAAUGUCAUGAAAGGCUACUGGCGUGAUCCAGAAGCCACAAAUAAAGUCAUCACGACAGACGGCUGGUUCAAGACGGGCGACCUGGGGUACCUUGAUGACGAAAAUUUUCUUUUCAUCAAGGACAGACGUGAGCUAUUCCAAUUUCUGCAUGAGCAUAAUACAUACGCCUCAACAGUAAAAGACGUUAUAAUUCGGGGGGGUGAAAACAUUGACUCUGUGUCCGUCGAGAAUGCCUUAUAUUCCGACGAUCGAAUACUCGAGGCAGCGGCCGUCGGGGUUCCAGACAAACGUCUGGGAGAGCUUGUGGCGGCCAUUGUAUCCAUUAAACCUGCUUUCCGAGGCCAGGUGACGGAAGCGGAGCUGAUCCUACGGGCGCAGAAAAGCCUACCAAAGUUCGCUGUUCCAGUGAUGGUGGUCAUUGUCGACCAUGCGCUUGAACGCACCCCUUCGGGAAAGAUUGUCAAAGGGAUAGCACGGAAGCUUGCGAGGCGUCACUGGGAAGAUCGAUGUCGAAAUGGGAUUGAGCGUAGUAAUUUAUGA